AUGUCGCCCAUUAACGCGAGCGUGCUUGACCGGCCCCUGGUCAUCUGCGGCCCCUCGGGAACCGGCAAGUCGACCCUCCUCAAGUCGCUCUUUGCCAAGUACCCUGAUGCGUUCGGUUUCAGCGUGUCGCACACGACGCGCUCGCCGCGUGCCGGCGAGGUCGACGGGCGCGAGUACCACUUCACGACCAAGGAGGACUUCAUGACGCGCGUGGAGCGGGAGGAGUUCCUCGAGUGGGCUCAGUUUGGCGGUAACUGCUACGGCACGACCUUUGCUGCCCUGCGCGCGCUCACGCCGAAGCGCUGCAUCCUCGACAUCGAGCUGCAGGGCGUGAAGCAGCUCCAUGUCGCGGCGCCGAAACAGGAUCCCCCCCUCAACCCCGUCUUCCUCUUCCUCGCCCCUCCGUCCAUCGCGCACCUCAAGUCCCGCCUCCGCGGACGCGGUACCGAGACCGACGACUCGAUGGGCAAGCGGCUAGCGGCCGCCAAGGCCGAGAUUGAGCACGCUAUCUCGGGCGCGCACGACCUGGUCAUUGUCAACGACGACCUGGAGCGCGCUGGGCGCAUGCUCGAGGCCGUCGCCAUUGGCGCCCCGGGAUGGGAGGAGGUCGGCGACGAGCUCCCCGCCCUCGACGUGACGGAGCUUGUCCUCUGA